CCUUACACCUCACUAUCUCUCAGUAUAUAUAAACCUGCCUAACGUCGAAGAGGUUGUCCAGUCGCGUUGCGUUUCUCUUAACGGAAUCAAAACUCGUACAGAUUGAAUAGUACGCCCGUUUGUUCGUCCGUCCGUCCGUCCGUCCGUCCGUCCGUCCGUCCGUUCGUCUGUCUAUCUGUCUGUCUGUCUGUCUGACUGAAUCGUCUGUCAAUCUAUCAUAUCCGUUUAAAUCAUUUCGAUCGUUUUUUACCUUCAAUCACGAUAUGACGUAAUAAUUAUCACGGUAUUAUUAUUUUCAUUCUCUCUCUCUCUCUCUCUCUCUCUCUCUCUCUCUCUCUCUCUCUUUUUUUUGUUGGAAAAAUUGUUUUCUCUCUCCUUCAAUUCAUUUUUUUCGUUUCGUUUCGUUUCGUUUCUUUGUUUCUUUUUUUUUUUCUUCUUCCAUUUUCUUCCUUAUCUAUUCUUCUUCUAUUUUUUUUUUUUUUUUUCGUUACGCCCUGAAAGAAAUACAAAAAGUAACGAGUCAUUCUAUAAAUUUCGUUACUCUGUCUCUCUAUCUCUAUCUCUCUCUCUCUCUCUCUCUCUCUCUCUCUCUCUCUCUCUCUGUCUCUUUUUUCUUUUUUUUUUUUUUUACGAGUACUCAUUCGUGUCGAAGAUAAUAUAAAAGUUUUGAAAAAGAUAUGUCGAGUCACAUGAAUCCCAAUUUGUUACACCUGUUGCAUCGAAACGAAGAUUAGCGAUUUUGUGGUAUUACGCAUAUAUACUACUACUACUACUACUACUACUGCUGCUGCUGUUGCUACUACUACUACUACUACUACCACUAUUACUAUUACUGCACCACUAUUAUUACUACUACCAACAGACUACUCUAAUACGACAAAGAACGGUGACUCUGUUACGUCGUAACUGCAUCAACGGUGCUUUCUCUUGUGCGUCAUCGUGAACGAGCGAGAACGUUGCCCCGUUCACAACCCCCAUUUACGAGAGAUCGAUAUACCAACGAGAGAGAAGAGACGAAAAGAAAAGGAAAAAAAGAGAAGAAAAAAAGAAAAAAAAGAAAAAGAAGAAAAAAAAAGGAAAACAGAAAGGGAAAUGCGGAGGAAAAAGAUUAUUCGAUGAAUUAAAUGACCAUUGAUAUUUUGUUUAUUAAUAUAAAAUAAAAUAAAACGAAUAAUCUUCAAUUCAUUUUCACGUCGACUCGAUCGAUAGAAUUUAAAACGAUUAAUACAUUAGAUAUAUCGUCUUGAAGAAAAUUAUUUUGUAUUUUUUUUUAUAUAAUUGGCAGCAUCAGUGAUACAACAAACAAUCAUCAUGGGUAAAAUGGAAAAGGAAAUAGAAUUAUCAAGUAAUGACUCGAUGAAGAAUUUUAGCAGCAGCACGAAGAUCUCAGCGAUUUCGAUCGGUGAUUACAACGAAAAGGAUGAAUUUUACGAUCCCUUCGAAAACAGAGACAAGAAACACACCAAUUCUGACUUAGGUUCGUUGGCUCAUCUUUUGAAAUCCUCGCUUGGUACUGGAAUCUUGGCGAUGCCUAAUGCAAUUAGAAACGGUGGUUUGUUAAUCGGUGGAUUAGGAACGAUAAUAAUCGGUAUAAUAUGUGCACAUUGCGUUCACAUACUUGUACGUUCGUCUCAUGUACUUUGUAAACGUACAAAAACGCCAAAGAUGACAUACGCCGAGACGGCCUACGCUGCCUUUCUCUGUGGACCUAAAAUUUUACGACCUUGGGCCAAUGCAAGCAAAAUAUUCGUAAACACUGCACUUUGCGCGACCUACAUUGGUGGUUCAUGCGUAUACAUCGUAUUCAUUGCAACAACGAUUCAUCAGGUUGCCGAACAUUAUAAUGGACAGAAUACGAUAAACAAAGGUCAAUUGAUGCUUGCAUUGAUACCGGCAGUUAUUUUAUUGGGACAAAUACGAAAUCUCAAAUACAUGGUACCAUUUUCUAUGGUCGCUAAUAUCAGCAUGAUGGUUGGUUUCUCGGUUACGUUAUAUUAUAUUUUCAAGGACAUUCAGCCUAUCGAUAAAGUUGAAAUGUUUUCGAGUACGGAACAAUUACCAAUUUUCUUUGCCACUGUUGUAUUUGCCAUCGAAGGAAUAGGCGUGGUAAUGCCAGUGGAGAACAGUAUGAAAACGCCACAACAUUUUCUCGGUUGUCCUGGUGUACUCAACAUAACUAUGACAAUCGUUGUCGGUCUUUACGCAAUGAUAGGUAUAUUCGGUUAUUUAGCAUAUGGGGAUAAAACGGAGGCGACUGUAACCUUGAAUAUACCAGUUGAGGACAUUUUGGGACAAGUAGUGAAACUUUUGAUCGGAUUGGCAGUAUUAUUCACUUACGGAUUACAAUUAUUCGUACCGUUGGAUAUAAUGUGGAACGGAAUUAGAACGAAAUUCAGUCACAAGUACGAAGCACUUGGUGAAACAACUUUGAGGUGUUUGGUCGUCUUAUUGACAGUCGGUGUAGCGGUGAGCGUGCAAGAAUUGGAGCCGUUCAUUUCUCUGGUAGGUGCAAUAUUUUUUUCCAUUCUUGGCAUCAGCAUACCCGUUAUGGUUGAAACAAUUUCAUGCUGGGACGGACAUUUGGGUACCUUUAAGUGGAGACUAAUUAAAAAUAUUAUGUUACUUAUAUUUUCGAUGAUGGCAUUGAUAUUUGGAUCUUGGAUAUCGAUAAAGGAUAUCAUCAAAGCAUAUAAAAAGCAUUAACUCACGAUGAUAAAGCGAUAAUUUGCUUUUAUUCUUUUUCUUAUUUUUCUUCUUUUUUUUUUCUUUUCUUUUUUUUUUUUUUUUUCUUUUUUUUUUCUAUUUACGCGACAUUACUUGCCAUAUAUCUAAAAACAAUAUGAGGAUAAAUUUCUAUGAGGAUAAUACGAAAAAGUGAUAAGAAAAUAAAAAUAUUUUCAGUUUGGUGGUGAUGAUAAAGGGAAAGAUAAAGAAUAAAAUGCAAUAAUAAUAUUCAUUUGUGAGCUCAUUGUUUGUAAUUUUUCGUGCGUCAGGCAAUAAACAAUUUGUUAGUUAUUUCUAUCCAUUAGGGAAAUAAUUCUUAAAUGAAAUGGAUCUUAAGAAUUUAUUAUAAUAAUGUUUUCUUUUUGUUUCUAUUUUGUGUAGAUAUGUACAUUUUAUAUA